UCCAGAAGUGGACGAACAACCAGAGCUUCCCACCAGAGUUUACAGCCGCUAAACUCAAAGAAGAAGGUUCAAGUGUUCACGUUCAUGUCGUUAUUCAUGUUAGUGUUCACGUCCUUGUUCACGUUAGCAUUGACGUCAGUGUUCAGGUUAGCAUUGACGUCAGUGUUCAUGUUAGCAUUGACGUCAGUGUUCAUGUUAGCAUUGACGUCAGUAUUUUUGUUAGCAUUCACGUCAGUGUUCAUGUUAGCAUUCACGUCAGUGUUCAUGUUAGCAUUGACGUCAGUGUUCCUGUUAGCAUUCACGUCAGUGUUCAUGUUAGCAUUGACGUCAGUGUUCAUGUUAGCAUUCACGUCAGUGUUUAUGUUAGCAUUGACGUCAGUGUUCAUGUUAGCAUUCACGUCAGUGUUCAUGUUAGCAUUCACGUCAGUGUUCAUGUUAGCAUUCACGUCAGUUUUCAGGUUAGCAUUCACGUCAGUGUUCAUGUUAGCAUUGACGUCAAUGUUCAUGUUAGCAUUCACGUCAGUUUUCAGGUUAGCAUUCACGUCAGUGUUCAUGUUAGCAUUGACGUCAAUAUGGUUCAUUUUUAG